CCAAGGCGGAGCCGACUUGGAGAGGCGGAGCGCAUCCGAUCGUCCGGCGUCGCCAUGCCCAAAGUGGUCUCUCGUUCCGUGGUCUGUUCCGACACGCGCGACCGGGAGGAAUACGACGAUGGCGAGAAGCCACUGCACGUCUAUUACUGCCUCUGCGGACAGAUGGUGCUGGUCCUGGAUUGCCAACUUGAGAAGCUGCCCAUGAGACCCCGAGAUCGGGCCAGAGUUAUCGAUGCUGUCAAACAUGCCCACAAAUUCUGUAACACGGAAGAAGAGGAAAAUGUUUACCUGCGCAGGCCAGAAGGCAUUGAACGGCAAUACAGGAAAAAAUGUGGAAAGUGCGGCCUACUCCUUUUCUACCAGCACCAGCAGAAGAAUGCCCCUGUGACGUUCAUUGUUGAUGGUGCCGUGGUCAAAUUUGGACAAGGCUUUGGGAAGACUAACAUCUACACCCAGAAGCAGGAACCUCCCAAGAAGGUGAUGAUGACCAAACGGACCAAAGACAUGGGCAAGUUCAGCUCAGUGACGGUCUCCACCAUUGAUGAAGAAGAAGAAGAGAUUGAAGCGCGAGAAAUUGCGGAUUCCUAUGCCCAAAAUGCCAAAGUGAUCGAGAAGCAGCUGGAAAGGAAAGGCAUGAGCAAGAGAAGGCUGCAAGAACUGGUGGAAGCC